UCCUUUGAGUAGUGAUAAAAGAACUUGAGAUAGUAUAUAAAAUACUCAUGGGAAGCAAUGAAAACUUUCAACACAUCAUAGUAAGUCUGAAUAAUGAUGAAGUAAGUUGGGCAGGAGCAUUAUUCAUUCCAAAAAUGUGACUAAGGUAGAGAGAGAUUCAACUUUUGUGACCUCAAAAUGAUUUGCCCAUACAAGACUUUGUAUCGGACACGUGUAAUAAAAUAUGAUGAUGAUAUAUUAGUAAUUCAAGUUUCUUGUGCAUUCUGUUUUCUGUAAUCAUCUUCAACGAUGAUAGAACUGCAUUAAAAAUAGUUCGGGGUAUUUUCAGGUCAGAACUGCAUUUAAAAAUGUUGUUUUUCAUUGUUCAUUCUCAUAUUAUGUUAGAGUUAUGAGAAUUUGUUUUCAAAAUAAUUGUUUAUAUCAAAUUAACAACCACUUGGAAAAAAUUAAUAACAAUAUUCUUUAUUCCAAUGGCCAGAAGAAAAUAUCUUGAUCUUAAAGUAGUUCUCUCACUUUCUCUAAUUUCUAUGGCCGAUGAUUCUCAUUCGAGUGCAUUUGGUCGGGCUUCUACUUUUCGUAGUGAACAGAAGCUAGAAAUUGGACAGAAUUCGUCUGUCAGUACGAAAGGUUAUGUCGAUGGUACGAAUCGAAAGCACCACUAGUUUAAGCAAUGGAAAACGCUAUAAACGACCCGGAAAAGAAGAAGAUGUAAAAUUAUUUCAAAAAACAUGUAUAGAUACUGGAAUGAGAAAUGGAAGUUAAAUAGUGUUGAUUCCACAUAAGAUUAUUGUAUAUUGUGUGCUAAUUUGUGAUAUAACUAAAAGAGAACUCGUUCAGAAUAAAAUAAUAAAAAUGGAUCUGGCUCAAUCGGUAGAUUUAUACAUAACCUUUGUCGAGAAGGAAGGUCCAUUUUUGAAGUUGUGGGGACAAACAGAAAAAAACAACGCGGUUUAUGUAGAACAGUAUCUUGCCGGGCUUUGUCCUCAGUUCGACGCUGGAAAAAGUAAAAUUCAUCCAGAUAGUUUACAAUGUGGUACUCUGGUUUGUGCAAAAUACAAUGAUGAUAAAUAUUACAGAGCAAGAAUCGUCAAUAUACUUGUCCGAGACAGCCUCGUUGAGGUCAUCUUUAUAGAUUUUGGUAAUAAAGACAUUGUUUCAUGUGAAAACAUCAGAAGCCUGCACAUUUGUCCAUCAUCAUUUAUUUCAAUACCUCCUCUAGCAGCAGGAUUUAUAUUUGGGGAAGCACACUGUGUUGGUGGUGGAGAAUGGAAUGAAGCAAUAUUCGAAAGCAUUGCCAAGGAUAUUAAGUAUCGAGAAGUUCAGUGUCAUUUGUUAGCUCAAGCUACACAAUAUUACUUGGUGAAACUGUUCUUGGAUGGAACAGACUUAUGUAGUCUUUUAAUCCAACGUGGACUUAUGCAACCCAUAUCUUUACAAGCACAACAAGCAGUUUUAUUGAGUAUGAGUAUCCAAAAGCCAUCGACUCAAGUUCCGAACCCAACACAGGUUGCUGCUGCUGCUGCAAUAAAUACUUAUAAGGCUAUUACAUUAGAUUCAGGAGAACAGCAUCCUGUUUAUGUGUCGUAUAUCAAUGAUGGUCCCUGUCAGUUUUCUGUGCAGCUCAAAAAAUAUGAAAGUGUUUUAGCCAAUCUAAUGAAAGAUAUUAAUUGCAUCGCCUUGAGACUAUUAGAAGAUAUUCCUAUCCCUGGUACCCUGUGUCUAGCACGAUGUCAAGAAGAUGGUAAUGUUUGUCGAGCUGUGGUUACAAAUGAAGUAGAUAAUCAGUUUAAGGUGUAUUAUGUGGACUUCGGCAACUACGAAAUUGUAUCCCUCGACUCUCUAUUCCAAAUUCCCUUCAAGUAUAUCAUUCCAAAAGUGAUGGCAAUCCGAUUCGCUUUGGCUGGUGUUGAAAAAUCCACGGUUACCCAUGAGAUGCAGGUGGCUUUCAAAAAUUUUGUUGACAACAGAUUGUUACACAUGACAGUUUUACAAGCACGUACUCGCAUGGCAAUACCAAAAUGUGAACUGUGGGAUCCAAAAAGUGAAACAAGUGCACUUGACGUUGUAAUCCGUGCUGUUCAACAUGCCUACCCAGAACCAAUUUCUCUAAACAAGGGAUUCAGUCAGCCAGUUAAGGUUAGCUUCGUUUAUAGUUGCAACAGGUUUUACGUUCAGCUUGUCAGCAAAGAAAAUGAAUUGGCCAAACUCAUGAUGGACCUACAAGAAAUUUGUCUAUCAAAUAGUCAUAUACAACCUAACGAAAUCAGAGUUGGACUACCCUGUUGUGCGUUGUUCCUGGCAGAUAAUCAGUGGUACCGCAGUCAGGUGGUGGAGAUAUUAGGUGAAAACGUCAAAGUUCGGUAUAUCGACUUUGGAAACGAAGAAGUGGUCCACAUCACCCAGCUCAAAACCAUCGAUGGUGAGCAACUGACUGUACUGGUGCCUCAAGCGGUUGAGUGCUGUCUGAACGGAUAUCAGAAUAUGGAAGACGAUGCAGAAAGAGAUGGUUUCCUAGAGGAAAUUAUCUUGGAAGACACGUUCACCAUGAAAGUUGUUGAGAUGUCCGGAAAAAAAGCUCUCGUAGAACUUUUUGACGCCUCGAACUACAAUGUGUCUUCGUUACUCCUGGAUAAAAUUGCGGCUGCCAAGUCUCAGGUCAGCCCUAUGUUGGUGCAAGCAGGAAACAAAAUCGAGCAUAGGAAGUCAUACUCGCAACGAGACGGACAAACACCCCAGCGUGAAGGACAGAGAGAUAACUUCAGAGGGGACCGCGAUCACAGAACCCAGCGGGAUGAUUCGACUUGGAAUGGUAGAUCAAACGACAGAAACGAUAAACCCUGGAGGCAGGAUAAUAGGGGAAACCGAAGUUUCGACAAGAACUCAAACGAUAACCACGAAAGAAAUUCUUGGAGAGAUAAUAAUAAGGGUUUCAGCCCCAACCAUCAGCGACAGCGAAAUCAGGAUGGAGAUUCUUGGAACAAUAGAGAUAACAAUGCCAAUAAUUCAGACUGGUCUGCUUCAGAAACACUUAAACGGACUUCUCCAAAUGAUACUUGGGAAAAUACUGCGAAAAACGAUGGAUGGAAUGCCCCUGCUGGAGAUAACGAGCUAAAUCAAAAUAGAAGACAGAAUGAUUAUGGCAGAAAUAACAGAGGAUUUAAUAAUGAAAGAGGCUCUAAAUAUGAUAACGACAGAGGAGAUCGUUUUUCUGGAAGAAAAAGGGAAGGAGGAUAUGCAAAAAACUCUGAUUUUCGAAAGGAUGGAAGUGAACAAAGUUCAAGCGGUUCGGAAAAAAAUUCUCCGAGAGGCCCCAGGACGAGUUCCAGAAAUGACAAAGUUAUCAAGGGUGGUAAGUUUGAAAGAAACUAUGAAAAACCUCGGAGUGCGUCUCGCUACAAUAACAGUAUAGGAGACAAUUCUUGGAAUGUUAGUCCCGUUGUUCCAUCUAUCGAUGCGGCACCAGUAACAAGUUCCUUCGCUACUAUGGAAACUAUGGGAACACAAGCAAAAGUGAAUAUCAGCUGGUUUCACAAUCCGGGGCAUUUCUUCUGUCAAAUUACCGACUCGCAAGCUGAGUUCAAGUCUUUGAUGGAAGACAUUCAGGAGUUUUACAAGAACCGGAAACCAGAAAAAUCAGUUGUUGGAGCUCCUGUAAUAGGCCUUUUCCCUGAGGACAAUGUUCUUUAUAGAGCACAGCUGUUGGAAAAAAAUGGCAAUCGUUACAAGGUGUACUACGUAGACUUUGGAAAUGUUUCGACUGUCAAUAAAAUUUGGCCAAUUGACAAGAAAUUUAUGAAUCUGCCAGCGCAAGCUAUCGUCUGUAGUUUGAAUGGUAUAGUUCCUUGUAGUGGUAGCUGGUCCGAUCCUGAUACCUAUAGUAAAUAUUUCGAGAAGGAGAGUUUCACUUGCGAAUUUAUCAAUAAAGAUGAGGAAAAGACUUAUGUAAAUAUUUUCUAUGAAUCUCAAGACAUUGCUCAACUUCUAAUCAAAGAUGGUCUAGCAGUUUCCACACAAUCAGUCAUUCCAGAUAUUGAAAUUCCCUUGUUGCUGGGACAAGAGUUCAGAGCUGUAAUGAAAAGUGUCAAUAACCCCGGUGAUAUAAUAAUAGCUUUAGAGUGUGGAGUCGCAGUUAGCUGUUACAUGCAUAAUCUGGAAACGGCUACGGAAAUUUUUGAAGAUGUUUUGAGAGGUCUUCUAGAACAGACUGUGAUUGUUUAUGUCGAUAAUGUUAUAGAUGAUAGGUUAGAAGUUACCCUGUACGACACAGAAGGCAACAAACACGUUAUACUCAACCCAGAUGAAGGAGCUAUUGAUACGGUGGAAUGCCCUUGUCCAAUGCUCGUUCUGCGAUCUACCAUUACAGGAUAUGUUCCUCAUGCUGAUGAAAGCAGCGUUUUUAUCCAGCCUUCAGAAUACUCUGAAAUUAUUACAUAUCUCCUUGAUCAACUCUACGAGACUUACAAUGAACAGAUUCUAGAAUCUCCUAUUAUACCUGAAGAAGGGCUACUCUAUGCCGUCCAUAGUGAAGAUGACAAUUGGUAUAGGGGUAGGGUCGUCAGCUUUGAUGAUGAGAAAUGUACAGUCUUUUACGUGGAUUAUGGUAAUUCCGAGGAUGUCGCUUUCAGCCAACUUAGAGAACUGACUCCCGACUUUCUGGCGAUUUCUCUUUUGUGUAUCCAGAUUAAUGUUUCAUCAGACGCAACAUGCUACAUCGACAAAGAAGUGAUAACAACUAUAGUGUAUGGCGAAAAUGGUUGGGAAGGUACUGUUGACCUCUUGGAAUCGUCUGCUGCAGAGUCAUCUAAUUUAGAUGAGUUGACUGAAUCUGGAUUCAACUCGGGAAGUUUGGAAAAAGCAGAUGAAGUACAAUAUAACACUGAACCCAGCAUUUGUGUCGAAGAAGUCUCGUUUAACUAUGUGAGUCCUGAUGCAGCUAACUGUGCAGACACUCAAAAUGAAACCACUAUUCCAAAUAUCGAUGUAGAGACUCAAGCGGAAAGUGAUGGUACUAUUGUUGAAGAUGGAGAAAUAUCACAGCACCAAGAAUCAAUCGAAAUGGGAACUCCGGUGUACAUUAGUCAUAUUGACAGUCCCAAUGAGUUUUAUAUCCAAUUUCCGGAAUCUGUCCCGGAAAUUGAAGAGCUUCAAGAGGUUAUUCAAAUCAAGGUUACCGAAUGGUCGGUUCUCGAAAGUCCUUCGGCUGGUAUUAUUUGCGCCGCUCCAUACUCUGUCGAUCAAAAAUGGUACCGGGCUGAAAUACUCGAUGCCGAUGAUGAUAUAACCACCGUUAGGUUCAUUGAUUUCGGUAACACAGACGUAAUUGACAACAAAACCACCCAGCUGAAGACGCUCCCCCCCAACUUACUAACCCUCGCAGUUUACGCUACCAGAUCCAGCCUCAAAUUGGAGUCCCCCGAUAAGGAGUGGAGUUCCGCUGCUAUUUUAGUAUUCGAGAAACUUGCGUCGGUGGAAAACCUCAGGGCGGAGUUUCUGGACCAGAACGAAAAAACACAUUACGUUGAGUUAUACUCUGAAGGAACGAACAUCAAGGAGGAAAUGAUUCGGCUGAACCUUGCUGUUAUGCUCGAGCAAACUGAAGAAACAAAACUGACCGGCUUCGUCAGUCAUCUCAACUCGCCGUCCGAAUUCUGGAUCCAACUCGAAAACUGUGUAGACGAAUUGGAGUGGAUCGCUGAGCAACUGAGUUCUGCUGAGAGUUUUCCUGAACAGGAAGACUUGACUCCGGGAAGUUUGUGCGCCGCACUGUUCCCCGAUGAUCAGAUGUGGUACAGAGCGAGAAUUCUGUCGAACACCGUGGCCGGUAUAGAACUGUUAUUUAUCGACUACGGAAAUUCGUGUACGAGUAGCAGCCUGCGGCAGCUGCCGGAAGAUUUGGUUGUCACCGCUCCUCUAGCCCAAAAAUGCAGCCUUCAAAAGCCGGAGGGAAUUUCAGUCUGGUCCGCCGAAGCUGCAGCAAAGUUCAGUGAGAUUUCCGCCGAAGGACAGACGAUCUUUACAGUGAAGAAAAUUAACGUAGGAGAAACAUCUAUUGUCCAGUUGUUGUUGAACGGAGAAGAUGUCUCGACGAUGUUACUGCCCAUAACGGAGGAUGGUUAUGUGAAAGCGGUAGACGGCUUGGAGAAGCUACAGAUAGAGAAGAGUGACGGUGAAGCUAUCGAGGGAGUUUUCCAAUUGGAGGCGAUGAGCGGUCAAGAACUGAACGAAGAGGCUGAGCGCAACUUUGAGCAGAUCAAUUCGCAAGGUUCUACCCUCUUCCAAAUUGAAUUCAUCAAUAAAAACACUGUUCGGCUCUACUUGAACGGUUUUGACAUCAGACCAAAAUUGGGAGGAAUUAAAAACGACUCACUUGAUUCUUCAGAAAUUGAAAACAUUGAUUUGUUUUCCAAUACAAAAUAUACAGAGAAAGAAACUGAAAUAGAGAACAAUGGUUUUCAUGAAGUAGAAAAUAAUGUAGUUCCGAAUGAAAUUGAUGCCCUUAAUACAGUGGAAAACAAUAAUGGAAACGAAUCUUUGAAAGAGGAGUUUGACUCUAAAGAAAUCAAAAUCGAUGUAUCAUCUGAUCCAACAUCUUGUUAUUUAGUAAAUUCUUCAGAAAUUGUUCAGGGGCUAGUUCUUGAAAUUAUUGAUCAAGCAGAGGAAUCAUCGUGUAAUAAAAUUUCUGAUGUCAAACCCUCAGAAAUUGAAAGUGUUGAAGUGUUUGGUAUAACUAGCACAAUACAAACCCUGAAUAUUGACACUAAAUCAUCAUCCAAUCUGCAGGAAUCAGUGCCUCAGGUAGAAAUCAACGAAGAAUUUGAAAAACAAGAACUUCAUAGUAAUAAUUUAGUACAUGCUAGUAUUGAUGAAGAUUCUGCAAAUUGUGAUCAACUAAAAUCAUUCAAAGGUCUUGAAUCACCAGAUUCUUCUGUUGAGUCGCCGGAAGAUAUUUCAAAUCUGGAAGUCGAACAGAAUGAUACCCAUGAGGAAUUUGAGGUAAAAGAAUCGCCAGACGAUGCAUCACCUGUCGAGUACCUAUUAUCAAAUUCAGACCAAGAACGUCAAGAUAAUGAUGAUUGUAUUGAAUUUGAACUGCCCACUUCCAAAAUCUCAGAGAUGGAAGAAACUGGGAAAACGUCUGUUUCUGUUGAUGUGCCUUCUGUCGAGUCGUCAGUAGCAAGUUCAAAAGGUGAAAAUCAAAAUCUUGAUGAAUUACCUGAUAGCCUCCAUGAAGGUGAAUCCAUCAGCUCUGCUGUUGCUCCAGUGGAGGAAUUUACUAUUUUGCCAGUCAGUAAUUCACAAUCUUCUUUCAUUGUAGAGAGCUCUUCUGUUGUUACAAUGAAAGAACAAAAUUACGAAGCUCUAGAUACUGAGGUAUCUCCAACAGAAACCUCGUCUGUUCAAAAAGUGGCUCUUUUGCCGGUUAAUGAAACGAUUCAUGCUGGUGCAACCGAAAAAGAAAAUUCAGAAUUUUCCAUUGAUACAGAGAUGAGCUCUGCAGCUGUUUCAGUGAACAAACAAAAUCCUGAGGCUCUAGAUACUAAGGCAUCUCCAAUAGAGAUCUCGCCUGUUGAUGAUAUUCCUAUUUUUCCAGUCAGUGAAACAAUGUAUGCUGUUGAAUCACAAGAAGAAAAUUCACACUUUUCCAUUGAUACAGAGGAGAAUUCUGCUGUGGUUCAACUGAAAGAACAAAAUCUUGAAGCUCCAGAUACUAAGGCAUCUCCAACAGAAAUCUCACCUGUUGAUGAAAUUUCUAUUUUACCAGUCAGUGAAACAAUGUGUGAUGCUGAAUAUCAAGAAGAAUCUUCACAAUUUUCCAUCGAUUCAGAGGAGAGCUCUGCUGUGGUUCUACAGAAAGAACAAAAUCCUGAAGCUCCAGAUACUAAGGCAUCUCCAAUAGAAAUCUCGCCUGUUAAUGACAUCCAUGAUUCACCAGUUGAUAAAACUAUGCAUGCUUCUGCAUCCCAAGAACAAAAUUCAGAAUGUUCUAUUAAUAUCGAAGAGAAAGAAAAUCCUGAGGCUCUAGAUACUGAGGCUUCCCCAACAGAAACCUCGCCUGUUGAAGAAAAUUCACAAUUUUUCAUUAAUGUGGAGAUUUCAACUGUUUCAUUGGAAGAACAAAAUUCCGAGGCUGUUAUUGUUCAGGACUUUGAUGAUACCAUUUUGAAUAGUUCUGGAAUUACAAAAAAUAACAAUGAGGAGAAUACCAGAAGUAUUUCGAUCGGGCAAAAACAAGGUCUGAUAGAAGAGUCAAUUUUGGCUGUUGGUCAACUUGAAGUAGAAUUCCAACACUUGAGCAAAAGCCCCUUGGCCACAAAGGAUAGUGAGCAGGUAUACUCUGUAGGCAAUUCUGAAGAGGACCAAAUAACAAACGAAAUCAUUGAUGAUGUUCUCGUAACAAAAUCUGUUGAAAAUGAGAGUUCUCCAUUAGUAGAGUCAGAAAAACUGGAGUCAUGUAUUGAUGGAGAUGUGAAUGAAUCAUGUGAGUAUUCGGAUGGAACUACAUCGAGUAAAAAUUAUGAGGACAGAAACACUAAAAUUAUAGAAGAAAACUUAGUUCCUUCAGUUAAUGAUAUUGUUGGGGUUCAAGCUGGAAAGGCUGUAAAAAAACAUGCGCAAAUUCCUGACUCUAGUAAGUGCAAGCGUCCUCCUAGUUUAUUAGAAAAACCAAAAAAAUCUCUGGUGAGAACUGCUCCAUCUAGUGACGUCAAAAAAAUACCAAAGAAAUCAUCCGAGAAAGUUCUUCCCUCAUCCUCCAUCAAAUCCUCUAUCAGAGUUUCACUAUCUGUUGCAAAGGUGUUAGCCUCCAAAAAAGAUGAAGAUUCUUCACCCGCUUCAACGACAAAGAUAACUUCCAAAGUAAGUCAGUCUUCUAAAGUGAAAAUAGGUGAUAAUAUUCCUCCCAAACAACCAUCAGCUAAAAUUGAAUCGAAGUCUCUACCAAAGAAAUCUAUUAAGGCUGUUGCUUCAGAAACGACAAAAAAAUCAUCUCUGGCGUCUAGUUCUGCAAAAGUGUCAACUGUCAAGACAGGCUCUUGCAAAAAGAGUACUCCAUCGAGUCUACCACCCAGUGAGAAUCGGAAAAAGUUAGCAAAACCAGGCAUUCCAGAAUCUGCUAAAGAAGAUAAUAAGAAAAAAAAUAGGAACGCUGGUGCAGAUGGAGGAUUAUUGAGAAAAUCAGCUGAGGAAACUUCGAAUGAAACGGUUCGUGAAAUAAUCUCAGAAAUUCAGAACCUUGUCCUCGGAGGAGAGAAAAAGGGAAGUAAUGAAGAGGAAAAAACAGAGGUUGACUGUUGAGAUUGAUUGAUUGAAAAUCACUGAGAAAUAGUGAGAUCUGAUUCAAUUUGAUUCAAUUUUUUAUAGUAUGUUAAUUGUAAGAAUUCAAAAGUUUUAUAAUGUUGAUAUUUUCAUUUUAUUUUUGAUGUAUAGAAGUCUAUUUUAUUUAAGAAUAAAUUGUAUUUAAGAUUUGUUCGUUGUUAAGUUCUAUUUUUUAUAAUGAAAACGUUUUUUUAAUCCGUUCAUGAAUAAAUGUUUCAUUCGA